UUUAAACUAAGCAUUUGCCAGGGUGCUUACAGUUUCUAUAAUGUUUGAAUUCAUUGCAUGCCAGGAGCUCGAGAUUAUUGCAUGUGGUGUCCAGAUCAUGACGGAGGAAAACAAGAGAAGAAGAAUGAUUGAGUUUGAUGAAACUAGCAAAGCCUCUCAAGACUCUAGAGACAGUGAGCUUAUGAGGGAUCGACUAAUCUGCGAUUCAAAAGAGAAUGGCAAAGCCGAGACACAUACAGGUUGUUGGAGCUGGAUCCUCCUCUCCUUGGACCUCUCCCAUCCUAUGAGAAGCAUUGCAAGCUUAUUUUGGGGAAGAAGACCAUAGAUUCAAGUUGGAAGCCAACAAUUGCAAUCUCUUUGGAAUCAUGGUUGGUACUUUUCUUCGAAGCAUAACUCUAUUACAAAUAAAUACAAAUAUUCAGAAUCUGCAGCAUGUUCUUGUUACAUUCAAAUAAAAUGAGCAGAAGCAAACACCUAAUGUCAUUGGCAGCGACAAGAUUAACUAAAAAGUCGAAUGUGUAUUGUUCCGUGAAUAGAGCAACGACUUUAUGUUUUUAUAUCAUUCAAAGUAUAACAUUCAGAUCGUUUGAGCUGCUUCUCUACUGUAUAUACCCAUUUUAAAAUCUAAAUGGAGAUGAAUUGGAGCAAUUCCAAGAACUUAAAAGUAUAAACAAAUCUUUUUACAUGUGAAAACGGCCAGGGGGAGCAAGUUUGUAGCUUCCUAUGACUUUAGAGGAACCAAAUCUCUCUUUUUCAAAGUCUUGGCCACUUGAUUGGUCUUCUUAAAAUAUCUGAAAAACAUUAGUUUAUUUGACUCUCUUUUUGUUUACAAACUUAAUGACGACGACCACUUAACAACUCCAUUCAAAUUAUUACGCGUCUGCCUCAGUAGUCAGUGGGAAGCAUCCCUUUUUAUAUAAAGCUUUCCAACAACAUUGACUUCAAAGUAAACAAUAUCUGAUUUCAUUCAUCUGCAAACAUCUCACUGUCCUUCCAUCUCUCUCAGCUCGUCUCUCAUGGCGUCUGCUUCUUCCUUUGCGUCUCGCAACUACAAGUUCAACGUCUUCUCGAGCUUCCACGGGCCUGACGUCCGUAAAACACUUCUCAGUCACAUGCGCGAGCAAUUUAAACGCAGCGGGAUCACAAUGUUUAAUGAUCAAGAGAUUGUGAGAAGCCAAGAGAUAUCUCCUUCGCUCACAAAUGGUAUAAGAGAAUCAAAGAUCUCGAUCGUGAUUCUCUCCAAGAAAUACGCUUCUUCAAGCUGGUGUUUAGAUGAAUUGGUGGAGAUACUGAAGUGCAAGGAAACUAUGGGACAGAUAGUGAUGACCAUCUUUUACGGAGUGGAACCAUCCGAUGUACGCUUCCAGACCGGCGAUUUUGGGAUCGCUUUCAAUGAAACUUGUGCAGAUAAGCCGGACGAGGAACGGCAGAAGUGGAGCAAAGCUUUGAAAGACGUAGGAAACAUUGCUGGAGAAGACUUCCAAAAAUGGGAUAAUGAAGCAAACAUGAUCAAGAAGAUCACAAGAGAUGUUUCAGAUAAAUUGAAUGCAACAUCAUCUAGGGAUUUUGAUGGCAUGGUGGGACUUGAAACUCAUUUAAGGGAAAUAGAAAAUUUGCUAGAUUUUGAUUAUGAUGGAGUAAAGAUGGUUGGAAUCUCAGGUCCUGCAGGGAUUGGUAAGACAACCAUUGCCAGAGCCUUACAUAGUCGUUUCUCUCAUAAGUUUCAGCUUACUUGUUUUACGGAAAACCUUAGGGGAAGCUAUCAUAGUAGUGGUCUUGAUGACUAUGGUCUGCAGUUGCUUUUACAAGAACAACUUCUGUCAAAGGUUUUGAACCAAGAUGGUACAAGGAUAUGCCAUCUAGGUGUGUUACAACAAAGGCUAAGUAACAUGGGAGUGCUCAUCAUUCUUGAUGAUGUAACCAGUCUAAAGCAAUUAGAGGCUUUGGCCGGAGAUACUUCAUGGUUUGGUUUUGGAAGUAGGAUUAUCGUAACCACUGAAGAUCAAGAGCUUUUGCAACAACAUGGUAUCGAUAAUGUAUACCAUGUGAGUUUUCCAUCUAUCGAUGAAGCUCUUGAAAUCUUGUGUAGAUAUGCUUUCAAACAAUGCUAUCCUACAGAGGGUUUUAAAAAGCUUGCUAUAAGGAUAACAGAACUUUGUUGCAAGCUUCCGUUGGCUCUUCGUGUUGUGGGUUCAUCUCUACGUAGGAAGAGGAAGGACGAAUGGACAGAUGUAAUGGUCAGGCUAGAAAAUAUUCUGGAUCAAGAUAUCGAGAAAGUGUUAAAAGUCGGCUACGAAAGUUUAGAAGACAAUGAGCAAACACUAUUUCUCUAUAUUGCAAUCUUCUUCAAGUAUAAAGAUGGUGAUCUUGUGAAAGCCAUGCUGGCUGGAAUUGACUUGGAUGUUAAAAACGGGUUGAAAAUCCUAGUAAAAAAAUCUCUCAUAGAGAUAUCUGCACGUGGUGAAAUAGUUAUGCACAGAUUACUACAACAAGUGGGUAAAAGAGCUAUUCGUAGACUAAAAAAGCCUUGGAAUCGCCAAAUCUUAGUUGAUGCUAAUGACAUAUGUGACGUCCUACGAAAUGAUACUGUUACUAGCAAAGUAGUUGGCAUAUCAUUUAAUACAUCAGCAAUCAACGAAGUGUUCAUAAGCAAGGGAGCUUUCAAAAGAAUGCCUAAUCUCAGGUUCCUCAAAGUUAUCAAAAGUAAAUAUGAUGGGUGUGAUAGAAUGGAUAUAUCUGAAGAGAUAGAGCUUCCGCAACGUCUAAGGUUUCUACAUUGGAAGGCAUACCCAAGCAAGUGUCUUCCUGCUACAUUUCAUACGGAAUGUCUUGUCGAACUUGAUCUCCGAGAUAGCCAAUUAGAAAAGCUUUGGGAAGGAAUCCAGCCGCUUACAAAUCUCAAGCGGAUGGAUUUGUGUAAUUCCUACCAUUUGAAGGAACUCCCAGACCUUUCAAAUGCUCCAAAUCUUGAGAAACUGAAACUGGGUGGUUGCCAGAGUUUGAUAGAACUUCCCCCCUCUACUUCAAAUCUUGGUAAACUAAAUUACUUGUGUAUGAUUUCCUGCACAAAGCUAGAAGUUGUUCCAAGUAACUGCACCUUUGCGUCCCCUAAUCCCAUUGACAUACAAAUAUCGCGUACGAACAUGACAACAUUCGGUAUGUCAGACCCAGCGGCAAAAGAAGUGCCUCCAGUGACUACCCUUUCGAUUUCUCGUGAGUUCUCUCUUUGUCUAAGCGAAAAUCCAAAUCUGAAGACACUAACACAACUGCCGGCUACUAUAACUACACUAGACCUAAGCUUCUCUGGUAUUGAAACAAUAUGCUGCCUCAGAGGUUUUGACAUGUUAAGAGAAAUUACACUCUUUGACUGCACAGAACUCAAAUCACUGCCAGAGCUCCCUUGUUUUCUCAAGUAUCUAUGCGCAGAUGAUUGUGAAUCACUGGAGACCGUUUCUUGCCCUUUGGUGACACCAUUUGCGAAUCUCAGUUUCACCAACUGCUUCAAACUGGGCCAACAAGCACGAAAUGAAAUUGCCAACCAACGCUUUCAUCUGCUUCAGUUGGGGUGGUCAUGGUUACCUGGAACCCAAGUCCCCGCAGGGUUCGAGCACCGAGCUAUAGGAAAUACCUUGAGCUUCCCUAUCUCCGCACUCUCCAUCUUUAAGGUCUGCCUCGUUUGUUCCUCUAACAACCUAGCUGAUAUAUAUGAUAAGUACUACUUGUCUUGUCGCUGGAUACGCAAAGGCUACUCAAACUCCUUCCAGGCUAUCGAGAUAUGUGGAUUCUUCAUCUCAUCAUAUCAACACAAGCAUCUCUUAGUUUUUCCCUCCUACUUACUUCUCAAGUACGGAUGCUUUGAAGAGAGCGGAGAGCUAACGUUUGAAUUCAGCAGCGACAUCAACGACUUCGACGUUAUUGAAUGUGGUGUCCAUAUCUUCAAGGAGGAAUUCGACGGAAGCAACAAUGGAGGUUCUGGCGACGAAGAUGGUGACAGUAACCACUGGAAUACACAGGACACGAGAUCCGAAUGUGGACCCAGCGAUGAUGAAGAUGACUACGUAUCUGUAUCCAGGAAACGUGCCAGGAAUGAUGAUAGGAAUUUCAAGGCUCCUAAUCAAAUGUUGUAAUAUAAAGGAUGUCAAACCAAUUCUAAGUGAUUCUAAAGCAAAGGGAAUGCAAGACCAUGCUUAAUCUAAGUGCUACCAAGUUGUGAGAUGAUUUUUGACUAGAUUACUAUCUAAAUACGAACAAAGGACAAAGCUUUCUUUCUUAUGAUGAAACAAGAGGACUCAUUGGGCUAGGCAUUUGAUCUUGGGUGAUGUAGAUCAAAUCUAGAGGUGGUAAGCUAUCAAUCAAACACUUUCCUUAUGCCUAGACACUAAGCUAAACAAACUCUAUCUCUAGAUGAAUGUUCUUUUGGUAAAGCAACUCAAGCAUCUAAUCUCUUAGGUUGAAUGUUACUAAAUCAAACAUGGAGAUCAAGUCUAAUAGCAAUCUUAACUCCUUUAACAACUAAUCUCUUAGGUAAAGCAAGCUAAAAGCAUUGAAGAGUUGGUUCAGGCAUUUCAACAUACACCUUGUGGGCAGGAAAUGCCUAAAGAUCUAUUUUAGUGUGAUCAUGACUAAAAUAGCAUUGAGAACCCUCAUCAAGCAAGGAAAUAAGUAGAUCUAACACUAAACACCCUAGAUCUUCUCUAAUCACCCUUUAUCACCCUAGCCCAUGAAUCCAAAGAUGACUACUCACUACUCUUCAUGAUGAGCCCAAGAAUCAAAGAUGAUUUGGUGCUAAUCAUGAUUAGUGAUCAAGAUUAUCCAAUAAUCACAAGAGAAAAUAAUUAAGAUAAGAUCUUUCACCUAAAAGUUCUUUUGUGAUUAGAUAGAAAACAAGAUAGAUCCUAACUUUAGGAUUACAAGAGUAUUUAUAUGUCUUUGGUAAACCUAAUGGUUCCCAUUAAAAAGUCUAUAAAGCCCUUAAAACACAUUAAAAUUCGACUAGGGAUAAAUCUCGGCGCGGGUUAAAACGCUCGGCACCAACCCGCUUCACCUCUCCCGCGUUGGACCUUCGACGACGCUUCUUCUUCGUACGCGCGGGUAGUGCUUCCCGCGCUGCUUCACCCGCGUAACUCCUCGACCAAAGUUCUUCGAUAACGCGGGUAGAGGAAAAUGGAUGUCACCCGCGUCACAGUCACCCGCGUCAAGACGUCGACGAUCCUUCCAUCUCGUACGCGCGGGUAGUCGACUCCGCGUGCUUCUUCCCGCGCUGCUCCGUCGAUGUGGUGAUCCCGUGACGCGGGUAGGAGAUCCCGCGCCGAUUCACCCGCGUGGCUUUGUCUUGUGAUUGAACGAUCCCAUUCUUCACCCCAUAUUGGAUCGUAAUGCCUUUAAACACCUUUGAUCAGCUCAUAGGACACUCUACUACCUGAUUAGGACAUAUGAAUGCAAUAUGGAUUCUAGAGAUGCUAAAUUCCUAAUCUAUAUGAUCAUUAUGUGCAAAAAUGGACGGUUAAAACAAUGUAAAAUCACAAGAUAUCAACUCCCCCAAACUUGUUCUUUACUUGUCCUCAAGUGACUUUGUAAGAACUCAUUAGGGUGAGAGGUUUGAAAGUGGGAACUCAUAGCCAAAAGUAACACUCUCUAGCACUCAACUUAACAUCCUAAAGAAACAUAGCAAAUGGCAUGAGCAUCUUCCUUAUUAUACUCUAGCUUCUCUAGGCCUAUCCAUACUCUUUUGCCUCUACUAAAGUUGCAAUACUCUUUACCAACAAGUUCCUUCAAUCAGCUCUCACAUUGAUUCACACACACACACAAGGUAAAUUCUCA